GGCCGGACGGUUCCGCUCGCAGCGCCUCGGGGCUCCGCUUCUCCGGCGGCGCCCGCCCGCCGCCCGCGGCCGCUUCCCUCCGCUUCCCUCCGCCGUUGGCUCCGGCCGCGUGGGGCCGCCCGAGCGGGGGCGGCUGGCGGGCUGGUUGGUGGCCGGUUAGGCGCGCGCGGCCUGGUGCGCACGGCGGAUCCCGCCGCUCGCGUAGUGCGGCGCCCGGGCUCCCUGAGGUGAGGCCCGGCCGGCUCGGGUGUGCGGGGAAGCGCCGCUUCUCCUCCUCGCCGCCGCCGCCAUGAGUGUGGAGGCGUACGGCCCCAGCUCGCAGACCCUCACCUUCCUGGACACCGAGGAGGCCGAGCUGCUCGGCGCCGACACGCAGGGCUCCGAGUUCGAGUUCACCGACUUUACUCUGCCCAGCCAGACCCAAACCCCGCCCGGGCCCGGGCAGGCGGGGCCGGGACAGGGCCAAGGGCCCCCCGGAGCGGGGCAGGGACCGCCAGGACCGAUCGAAACACAGGUGAACGGACCUGACGGCAUUUUGCAGAACGGAGCUGUGGAUGACAACGUGGCGAAAACCAGCCAGCUCCUGGCAGAGCUCAAUUUUGAAGAGGAUGAAGAAGACACCUAUUACACAAAGGAUCUUCCUGUGCAUGCUUGCAGUUACUGUGGUAUCCAUGACCCUGCUUGUGUGGUUUACUGUAACACCAGCAAAAAGUGGUUCUGUAACGGGCGUGGAAAUACAUCUGGCAGCCACAUCGUUAAUCAUCUUGUGAGAGCCAAGUGCAAAGAGGUGACUCUCCAUAAAGACGGACCUCUAGGAGAAACCGUCUUGGAAUGUUAUAACUGCGGAUGUCGUAACGUGUUUCUCCUUGGCUUCAUCCCAGCCAAGGCAGACUCUGUGGUGGUUUUGCUGUGCAGGCAGCCAUGUGCCAGUCAGAGCAGUUUAAAGGAUAUUAAUUGGGACAGUUCACAGUGGCAGCCCCUCAUCCAAGAUCGCUGUUUCCUUUCGUGGCUGGUAAAGAUUCCAUCGGAACAGGAGCAGCUGAGAGCACGUCAGAUUACAGCUCAGCAGAUUAACAAACUGGAAGAACUUUGGAAGGAAAAUCCAUCUGCAACCCUUGAGGACUUGGAAAAGCCUGGUGUUGAUGAAGAACCACAGCAUGUCCUGCUGAGAUAUGAAGAUGCUUAUCAAUACCAAAAUAUAUUUGGUCCUCUAGUAAAGCUUGAGGCAGACUAUGACAAGAAACUCAAGGAGUCUCAGACCCAGGAUAACAUCACUGUCAGAUGGGACCUGGGCUUGAACAAGAAGAGAAUUGCUUAUUUCACUCUGCCAAAGACUGAUUCAGAUAUGCGUCUUAUGCAAGGAGACGAGAUCUGCUUGAGGUAUAAAGGAGACCUGGCCCCUUUAUGGAAAGGAAUUGGUCAUGUUAUCAAAGUUCCUGAUAGUUCUACAGAUUAUGGUGACGAGAUCGCCAUUGAGCUGAGGAGCAGCGUUGGAGCGCCUGUGGAAGUUACUCACAACUUCCAAGUGGAUUUUGUCUGGAAAUCUACUUCCUUUGACAGGAUGCAGAGUGCUCUGAAAACAUUUGCUGUGGAUGAGACCUCGGUGUCUGGGUACAUCUAUCACAAACUGUUAGGUCAUGAGGUAGAAGAUGUAAUUAUUAAAUGCCAGUUGCCAAAGCGCUUUACAGCACAAGGACUUCCAGAUCUCAACCAUUCUCAGGUUUAUGCUGUGAAGACUGUCCUGCAGCGUCCUCUGAGCCUUAUUCAGGGUCCCCCGGGUACUGGAAAAACAGUGACAUCAGCCACCAUCGUCUAUCAUCUGGCUAGACAGGGCAACGGGCCUGUGUUGGUCUGUGCUCCCAGUAACAUAGCAGUGGAUCAGCUGACUGAGAAGAUCCACCAAACCGGACUGAAAGUGGUUCGUCUGUGUGCUAAAAGUCGUGAGGCGAUUGACUCUCCCGUGUCCUUCUUGGCUUUGCAUAACCAGAUCAGAAACAUGGAUAGCAUGCCAGAGCUUCAGAAAUUGCAGCAGCUUAAAGACGAAACUGGAGAACUGUCAUCCGCUGAUGAAAAGCGUUACCGUGCACUGAAACGAACAGCGGAGCGGGAGUUACUUAUGAAUGCAGAUGUGAUCUGUUGUACGUGUGUGGGAGCUGGCGAUCCGAGACUUGCAAAAAUGCAGUUCCGCUCCAUCCUGAUUGAUGAAAGCACACAGGCCACCGAGCCGGAGUGCAUGGUGCCCGUUGUCCUGGGGGCAAAGCAGCUGAUUCUUGUCGGUGACCACUGCCAGCUGGGCCCCGUCGUGAUGUGUAAAAAAGCCGCCAAGGCCGGGCUGUCUCAGUCGCUCUUCGAGAGGCUGGUGGUGCUGGGGAUCCGGCCCAUCCGCCUGCAGGUGCAGUACCGCAUGCACCCUGCGCUCAGCGCCUUCCCCUCCAACAUCUUCUACGAGGGGUCGCUCCAGAACGGUGUCACUGCCGCGGACCGUGUGAAGAAAGGUUUUGAUUUCCAGUGGCCACAGCCAGAUAAGCCGAUGUUUUUCUAUGUCACACAAGGACAAGAAGAAAUUGCCAGCUCAGGCACCUCUUACCUGAACAGGACGGAAGCUGCCAACGUGGAGAAGAUAACUACAAAGCUCCUGAAGGCUGGGGCCAAGCCAGAUCAGAUCGGCAUCAUUACUCCUUACGAAGGCCAACGAUCCUAUCUGGUGCAGUACAUGCAGUUCAGUGGUUCCUUGCACACGAAGCUCUACCAGGAAGUGGAAAUUGCGAGUGUGGACGCCUUCCAGGGCCGAGAGAAGGACUUCAUUAUCCUUUCUUGUGUGAGGGCCAACGAACACCAAGGAAUAGGGUUUCUGAAUGACCCCAGGCGUCUUAAUGUAGCUCUCACAAGAGCAAGGUACGGUGUAAUUAUUGUUGGGAACCCGAAAGCGCUGUCUAAACAGCCCCUGUGGAAUCACCUGCUGAACUACUACAAGGAACAGAAGGUUCUGGUGGAGGGGCCACUGAACAACCUCCGGGAAAGCCUCAUGCAGUUCAGCAAGCCCCGCAAGCUUGUCAACACCAUCAACCCCGGUGCCCGGUUCAUGACUACUGCCAUGUAUGAUGCACGGGAGGCGAUUAUUCCAGGGUCCGUCUAUGACCGGAGCAGCCAAGGGCGCCCGUCCAACAUGUACUUUCAAACGCACGACCAGAUCGGGAUGAUCAGCGCCGGCCCCAGCCACGUCACCGCCAUGAACAUCCCCAUCCCCUUCAACCUCGUCAUGCCGCCCAUGCCGCCACCAGGGUACUUCGGCCAGGCUAACGGACCAGCCGCAGGACGCGGGGCGCCAAAAGGAAAGACUGGCCGUGGUGGGCGCCAGAAAAAUCGUUUUGGGAUUCCUGGAACGAGUCAGUCGAACCUCCCGAACAGCCAAGCGAGCCAGGACGUGGUGUCCCAGCCCUUCUCGCAGGGCCCCCUGACCCAGGGCUACAUCUCCAUGAGUCAGCCCUCGCAGAUGAGCCAGCCCGGGCUCUCCCAACCAGAAUUAUCACAGGACAGUUACCUUGGUGAUGAGUUUAAGUCUCAGAUUGACGUGGCGCUGUCACAGGACUCUACUUACCAGGGUGAACGUGCGUAUCAACACGGCGGAGUGACGGGACUGUCACAGUAUUAGAGUGUUGAGGAAGAAGAGCUAAGCUUGUGUGGAGCUUAGUUCAUCAGCAUUUUAUUCUGGGUAAUAAAAAAAAUAAAAUAAAAUGGAUACCUGUUUUCCACUGCUAAAACUGAAGCACCACUGUGUGAGAGCAACAGGAGAAAGAAACCAACCAACGGAGAGGAGAGAGAGAGAGAAAGGAGCGCGCGAGAGAGCCCACUGCUAGCUCACUGAGACAAGGAGACUGACCGAGAGGAGAGAGAGCACCGCCGGACUGGCUGGCGCCUCCCCGGGACGCACCUCACCCCGAAAUGAGUGGUCAGCCGAGUCCCUGCUCCCCCAGGCCAGCCAGCUCGAGAGAAGGGCCUUAAGCAGGUUUCACUUCAUUCCACACUUCUCUUUUUGCGAGCAGGGCAUUACCUUUCAGAGCAGAGGGGGAGAGGAAAACCCUCAUCUCAGAGUUGUUCUCGUUUUCAAGGGGUACUAUAUUUUAGCAGUAACUGUUUACACUUUAGAAGCAGAGUAUCUGAGAGAGAGGGAGAGUUCGGAAGCGACAGCGAGCCAAGCAGAAAUCCAGCGGCACGUAGCUGAUGCUCAACUCUGAGAUGCAGGUUUUGUUGUCCAGCACUGGCUCUGAAAUCCUAGUGUCAUCGUGUCGCCCACAUUCUGAACGGGUCUUUCGUGACAAGGUGGUUUUAAAGAGAUUCUUUCAAAAGAGCGCUGAAGUUUUUAGAAGUUUGUCUCUGAAUUGUUAGUGGUGGACCUGGGAGAUCCUUGUUCUGAGAAAAAAAGUUUAAAACUAAAUUAGAGCAACCAACCUUGAGAACUUUCAGUGUGAUUUAAAAGUUGCAGCAAUCAGCCUCUUCUUCCUACAUCGGAUAGCAGUUAGAGUGGAAGGAGCCUGCGCGCUCGAGCAGGAGGGUUUCCGAGUGUUUUCUGUAUGCUUUAAUUGGCGACUGUCUGGACUCUACUCUGAAAAACAAGCCUUUCUGUAAGAUGAACUUUGCGCUUGGAAAGGGGAUGGGUUCCUGUGCCCUUCGGCCCUGGAGGAAAAUGAUGCUUAACAGGCCUGCUUUACUCGUUCCCGCAGAUCGGGGAAGAAGUAGUGGAAACUGGGGAUUAUAUUGGUUUUGAAGUAAAAGAUUCUACGAUGUUACCGAAGCAGGUUGGAAAACAAACCCAUAUGGACAAAGCAGGCAGUUGGUGGAAGGUGGCCUCUGAGAGCUGGGUCUAAUUAGAGAUAACGGGUCAGGCUUUUGUGGCUUCUUUGGCGACACCGCGGAGCGGAAAGGCUCAGGUGUGGGAACGCGAACCGGAGCCGAUGUUUCGGGCGGGGGCCGCGGCUGCGCCAUGGACGCUGGAGGUCAGAGCUGGAGCCAGCACAGCAGAGAAGCCACCGGAUUGCUGAGCUGUACCCAUGUCUUAACUGAGUCGUGUGGGAACACUGGGAGCAUUUUAUUUCUGUCUAAACCUUUUUAGAAACAGCGCGGAGAACUUAGAAUUCCUACAGACCCAUUUUUAUCAGAUCCCUAAAUUAGACUUAACCUCUACCUCCUAAUUGGCGAAGAUCAGUAGAGUGCGAUUCAUAACCUGGGUGUUUUUAAGCUGGAAUUAAGUUUAGCUUUAUACUCAAAGGGCUCCAAGUGUUUCUAGUCUUUUUUUGGGGGGGGAACUCAAAAAUACCUCUCAUAUGAAUGUACUUAAAUGACAUAAACCCCACUUUUUGUAGGCGGGGGGCAGCCCUUUCAUUCCUGUCCUUUCUGUAACUGUUGACCCGCUUUCAUGACCUGUAUUUGCUGUAGUUUUCCAGAGUGUCUCUCCCCGGUGCAGCGGUACCUGAGUAACCUGCACACAGACCGAACGGGCGUCCGACACCGCGGUCAGUCCUGCAGCAAACGUAGCUCGAGAAACUGCAAAAAGAAACUUUGCCAGAAACGAAACCCAUUCUUUUCUCAUUAAAAAAAAAGCCUCCAGAGUUUAGACUUCCAAAACGUGAAAGAAUGGAGACACAGGCCACCUUCCUUCCUCGUGAGAUGGACUGUUUUAUUUAUUAACAUUGCCGAAGGGCUUUUUAAUUUUGUUUUCCUGCGUAGGCCGCGUAGUUGCGUAGACGUUUCCGCUAGGUUGAAGCUGUACCCUCUGUGCAUCGCGACCAUGGAGCGCCGUGCCUCCUCUCCCCAGCCCUCACCGCGGAAUGCUUGCCUCUGCUUCGCGCUGCCUUUUCCUUUGUAGCAGUUACCUCUGAGUUUUACAAAUCCAGACAUCAGUGCUAGCACGGUGUUAACUCUUUUUUGAUUUUUUUUUUGUCUCAGUUUGUUUUAAACCUGUUUGUCAUCAAUAAAAUAUUAAUAAACAGCUCUUGCAUUCAAGGUGGCUCCACCUUUCAAUGACGAAACCAUGCAACGUUCAUUAAAACUUAGUCUGAUUGUAUAAA